AUGCCAUAUCCAUGUUGGACAUGUCGCAACCGCCGCAUUCAAUGCGACCAGUCUGGAACACCAUGCACCAAGUGCGAAAGAGCCGACCUGGAGUGCUUCGAUAAGAGACCUCUGAGGUGGGUCAAGGGUGUUGCGAUUCGCGGAAAGAUGCAAGGCCAUUCGUACGAGAGUAUAUCAGAUGGAUCAGAUGGAUCUCCUGUGCAAACUCCUAGAACUAUCGAUUCCGCGCUAUCGACACCAAAUACAUCGCCCCGCCCGCUGGUCCAAGGUAGUAUGCUGCCGGCUGCCUUGCAAGAUCCGCAUAUGUCAAGCCUGGAUCAAACUUCGAAAUAUUAUAUAGACUACUAUAACAGACACAUAUGCAAAUUGUUCAUUGUAUACGACAGCGCCAGGAAUCCAUUCCGGAGCUUGCUCUCCUUUGGAUUGAACGACCCGGUCUUACAGAAGGGCAUACUUGCUCUCGCGGCGCGGCACCAUGCUAAUACAGGCCAGUCGUUCCAUCAAGAUCAACCUCCUACAUCUCCUGGCCUCGUUAAUGCCAAUCGCGAUGCGCUACUUUUCAAACACCAAGCCAUGGAAGCUCUCUCUCAGGUACUUGGUGACGGAACAAUAGGAAAAGGCGACACAACCGUCGCUAGCAUAUUUCUUUUUAUUUUUCUGGAUCUCCUCGAAUCUGGGAGUGAAGGUUGGAAUUUCCAUCUUGAGGGUGCUAAGAGUUUGAUUACAUCCUACCAGCCGCUACUGGAGUGGCAAGCUGGAGUCAAUGAUGGACCUGGACAGACGGUACAGGAGAUCCGGGGGUUUAUCUCCAAUCAGAUUCAUUUAAUCGAGACGCUCGGGGCAACAUUUUUACGACCAAAACUACUGUCAGAAUUCAUAUUUAACGGCCAAGCAGAAAGGCAAUCCCAGGAAAAAAUCGAGCAAUCUUUCCUUGGAUGUCCAGAGUUCCUGUUGUCGGCGAUACAAUAUCUCUCCAAGGAAAGGGACGCCAUCGCAGAACAGCUGCCGGACGGUGCCGCUCUCCAAACACAUAUCCAAGACACCACCGCGAUGCUGGAGCUCAUCCAAAACUUUGACAGUUACGCCUGGGCUUCGAGUCUGCGACAGUCUGCCCCAGAAAGAAUCAAUUAUCUCUGCACAUUAUCGCAGGCUUUCAAAACCGGGGCUUUGAUAUAUGGGAGACGCAUUCUGGAUGUACUGACGGAAACAAUCACAGUGCAGGACGAUUUAGUCUUUGAGCUGUUGGGUCUGAUUGAUAUUUUGAAAGAUGACGAGGCGCUUUUCAAAUGUAUUCUGUGGGCUAUCUUCGUGGCGGGCUUGGAAUGUCGGUCUCGCGCCCAGAAAGACUUCCUGGUUGAAUCGUUAGAGAAGUUUUGGACUGCUACGAGAUGUUUGAAUGUUGUCAAUGCAGCAAAGAUUAUGAAAGAUUAUUGGGACCAGGAAGAAGGCUUGGAGAUAUCGUCGCGGUGGAUAUUUGAUAUUGGUCUACAGCCCCUCUGGGAUAUCUUAUUCCGAGGAGCCACGCAGUCUGCACGACAAAAACCAUCGACAACACCAAUUCCUCUUCCAAAUAACCCAAGUCACCCUCCAAUCCGCAUAAUAUGCAUAUCAGACACGCACAAUGCAACCCCUCCUCUGCCACCCGGAGAUAUACUAGUCCACGCGGGUGACUUAACGGCCCAUGGCACAUUUGACGAGGUGCAAACACAGCUCCACUGGCUGUCUUCUCAGCCACACACCCAUAAGAUUGUCAUCGCGGGAAACCAUGAUCUUAUCCUCGAUGAAGCAAGCGAGAUGAAGUUUCUUUCGCGCGAGGGAAUUAGUGCUGUGAAGCGAAAGGAAUUGGAUUGGACGGGGAUUCAUUAUUUGCAAGAAGAAGCAGUGACGCUGGAAAUACCAGUGCCCGCUGCCGGGGAGCAGCAAGUGCGCCGGGUGAAAAUUUAUGGAUCUCCAAUGACGCCGGAGUUUGGCCUUUGGGCCUUUCAGUAUCCUUCAAUCCGUGACGUGCGGACCGGGCAGAUCCCCGAUAAUACUGAUAUUCUGGUGGUGCAUGGCCCUCCAGCUCUAUAUGGUGACUGCGAUAGCGAAAAGGGACCGGAUGGAAAGAUCAAGGUUAAAGGGGAUGGGUAUCUAUUGCGUGAGAUACAAAGAGUAAAGCCCAAGAUGGUUGUCUGUGGACAUAUCCAUGGGGCAUUCGGUGUUGCUGUCAUCCAGCACGAUGGAAUCAAGGACGUUGUAAAUGGGCUAGAGAUGCGAUGGGAAAGUUACGAUAUAGUUCGGGCUCUCAAACAGACCAUAUGGAGCAAGAUCACUAUAGGGAGAAACACUGAGCCACCGCAAGAAACACUCGUCGCCAAUGCCGCCGUUGCACCAAGUGUGUUGAGAAGCGAGGACAAAAGUGCAAUUGCUAUCGAUUUUCACUAA